CAGCCAGUGCAGAUCAGACUCACUCUACACAGAGAGAUCUACAGCACUGAGAUCUACAGCCAUGACUCCUGCAAUCACUUCAGCACCUUCCAUCUCAAAGGAGCUCCUCCCUCUCAACAACAAGCUGAGAAAGCCAGUGGUGGAGAAGAUGCGCAGAGAUCGCAUCAACAGCAGCAUUGAGCAGCUCAAGACUCUCCUGAGUCCAGAGUUCCUCAACCAGCAGCCCGACUCCAAGCUGGAGAAAGCAGAUAUCCUGGAGAUGACAGUCAGCUUCCUCAGACGACAGCAGCAGAAGCAGCAGCAGCAGCAGCAGCCUGCAUUCUCCUCCAGAUCAGCAGCUGUCAAUCAAGGCUUCUCCAGAUGUGUCCAUGAGCUUCUGCACUUCCUGUCCAAAGAUGAGGUGAAGACACAGUCUCAGAGAAAACUGAUGAACCACGUCCUGCAGAACCUGCAGCCGUCAGCAGAUCAGAAAUGGAGGGAAAGUGUUCUCCCUCAAGAGCAGCAGAACAUCAUCAGCAAAGAGAAGAGCUCAGAAAAGAGCGCCCUCUGGAGGCCCUGGUAGAUUCCUUCAGAAUCAGAUGAACUACAAAAGCAGAACAGAAGGGACUACAAAUGUCUAGAUUAGAUGUUUGUGGUGAAGUUUUGUAUUUAUUGCUUUGUAUCAAAGACUGUUUUAAAGCUUGUUUCUCUUGUGGAGAAAUUUGCGUUCUUAUUUAAUUUUUAAUUCUCUGGAAGUUUUGGUAGAUGCCUUCAGAAUGAAAU